UCGAACGUCUUACAACAGUGAAUGGCGUUAUAUUAACAAACUGGCAUGGCGUGACCGAGACAAUCGUUGAUAAUACAUAUUUGAAGACCGCAACUUCGGAAGGCACUUACUCUUUCAAACUGGAAUUUGGUAUCUCGCUAAAUGAUAUGAAGGUUUAUAAUCAAAAGGCGUUUGUUAUUGACAAAUCAACGGAUUUAGAAAUACCACAGACAUUUCUAUUGAGUGAACCUAUCACAGCGAGAUAUAUUCGUUUAUAUCCUACAUCGUUUGUGAACACGAGUGCCCCUUGCAUGAGGUUUGAAUUGCUAGGCUGCAGAACGACUGAAAAAGAGAACUUAGCAAACUAUGAAGUAACACUUGACCAAGACUGGACUAUUUUGUUUGAUGUUCCAAACAUACAAGUUAACCAUCCACAAGUGAUCAGCAGUUUUGGAUAUCCGAAAACCUAUGCUCAAAAUACAUUUUACAAAUGGAAUAUAACUUUGAUUGAUGGACCUGUCUUUUUACAAUUUGUGGAUAUAUCUCUACGCGUUUAUGAGGAGUCAGAAUUUCAAAACAACAUGGGUUGCCGAGAUACUAUCAUCGUUUCAGACUUUGAUAUCAUUAACCCACUAACACAUAUCAAGGAGUAUUUUAUGAAUGUAAAUAAACACACACAAACGUACUUUGGAAUCCGAAGAAUCUAUGUGUUAUUAAAUAGUGAUGAUAAUGGUAGAAUUGUCGGAGUACCUCAAGCCGACGAUGAGGUCACUCCUCUAUAUCUCGGACUGUUGUCAUGUUCUGAUGGUAAACUGGCUGAGCGAGGACGCGGAUUUCGUGCAUAUGUUGCAUUAUCAGAAUUACCGGUAUGUUGGUCGGGGUCAUCAGACUCCACGUCAUGUAAAGGUUCUUCGAUGGAACUUAUUUCGCCUGCAUUUCUUGGGAUGUAUGACAUCAGUCCAGAAUACAGAUAUACAUUCUUGUUUGAAUCCCCUCAUCAUGAUGUUAUUAUGAUCAAGAUCACAGAUUUUGAUAUCAGUUGUUAUGCAGACUCUGUAUUUCAAAUGGUUGCUGAACCUGGCGAUAUACAAUACUGUAACAAAAAUGUUGUCUACGAGGAACAGUUUUACAUGGCAAAGCUCUUUCAUAUCCACUAUUCCAAGUAUACCCUCGAAAAUUGUGAAAAUUCGGUUUUUCCCGAAGGUUUCGGACUGGUAUAUAAAAUGAUACCAGAUACAAAUUUAAAUCCAACAUUUGUUGAAGAAGAUAGCCAUGGUCAUACAAAAAAGGAAGGUAAUAUCUUUGUAUAUAGUUUAAUGCAUUUUUAG